CAGAAUUUCAAAGCCGAAGUAAGGCGUGAAACUUGUGAUAAGAUUUCGGAAUGACCCUCCUUCAGGUCUUUUUAGUCUUUCCAUAUUUGAAGUAUGCAAUCAAGCUUAAGCAAGGGAAACCGCUUGCUUUCGUGUACUUGUGGCUGUGGUGGAGCACUUGUGCUCAUGUUAAUGCAGCAAACAACAGUUUAAGGCCUGGUGAUACACUGCACCACACAGAGAAACCAACACUAUACUCUAAAAACGCCAAAUAUUAUUUAAUUUUUAGUAGAACUACUAGUGAUGAGAACAAUUACUUGGUUAUAUGCAAUGCAAAUAAGGAUGCUGAAGUUUGGAUGAGUGAUACAACCCAACCUGUUGACCUAGAUUCUGCAGUUUUAUCACUUAACCACUCUGGUGUGCUGAAAAUAGAAUCUCAACGUGGGAAACCAAUAAUCCUCUAUUCUCCACCUCACCCUAUCAACAACACUGUGGCCACGUUGUUGGACACAGGAAACUUUGUGCUUCAACAACUUCACCCAAAUGGGUCUACAAUGAGUGUGUUGUGGCAGAGUUUUGAUUAUCCAUGUGACACUUUGGUUCCUACCAUGAAGUUAGGGUUUAAUCACAAAACAGGCCAUCAUUGGUUCCUGGUUUCGUGGUUUACUAAGUCACUUGCGACUCCAGGUGCCUUUAGCCUCGAAUGGGAACCAAUGGCGCAAGAGUUGAUCAUCAAGAGACGAGGAAAAGUUUGUUGGCGAAGUGGGAAACUGAGGAACAAUAGGUUUGAGCACAUUUCAGAAGAUGCACAACGCACGUUGAGGUACACCGUUGUGUCCAAUUCCAAUGAAGACUCAUUCUCUUUCACAACUACGAAUGAAGAUGGUACACUGUGGUGGUGGCUAACGGAUAUGGGGGAGUUAGCUAAUGAUAAAGUGUAUGUUGCAAGGGCUGAUAUGUGUUUUGGGUACAACAACUCUGAUGGAGGGUGCCAAAGGUGGGAGGAUAUACCUAAGUGUAGGAACCGUGGUGAUGUGUUUCGGAUAAAGACUGGUUACGUGAGUUACCAAAAUGCAACCUCGGAGCAGAAUACAAGUUAUGGUUACAGUGAUUGCGAGGCCAGUUGCUGGAGCAAUUGUACUUGUGCUGGAUUCAGAAAAUUUUAUCGUAAUGGAACUGGAUGUUAUUUCUUUCACUGGAUUAAUUCAUCGGAAAAUUAUGCUUUAGACAGUAAUGGUGAAAACUUUUACUUACUGGAGAACAUAUUAACUCGUGAUCAGCAUAAGGGUACAAAAAAGUGGACAUGGAUAGGUGCAGUAAUAGCAACUGCUGUAGCCAUAAUUUGCUUACUCAUUAUGUGCCUAGCCAUAAAAAAACGAAAAUAUAUGCUUCAAGGGAAGAAAAGCAAAGGAAUGGUGAUGAAGAUGUUACGUUUAGCAACCUGCAAUCGGUCAUCUGGUAUGGAAGAUUUUGAAAUUGAUUUAAAAAAGGGAAACAACUUAAAAGUGUUUAAGUAUACAUCAGUAAUGAUGGCAACACAUGGAUUUUCAUCUGAAAAUAAGUUAGGACAAGGUGGUUAUGGACCUGUUUAUAAGGGAAUUUUAACAACGGGUCAAGAAGUUGCUGUGAAAAGGCUUUCUAAAACUUCUCGACAAGGAAUUCUUGAAUUUAAAAAUGAAUUAACACUCAUAUGUGAACUUCAGCACAUGAAUCUUGUACAACUACUUGGUUGUUGCAUUGAAAAAGAAGAGAGGAUUUUAAUUUAUGAGUAUAUGCCAAACAAGAGCUUGGAUUUCUAUCUAUUCGAUCGUACUAGAAGCAAAUUGUUAAAUUGGAAGAAGCGUUUCAACAUAAUAGAAGGAAUUUCUCAAGGAUUACUCUAUCUUCAUAAGUACUCGAGACUCAAAGUCAUUCAUAGAGACUUGAAAACUAGUAACAUUCUUCUUGAUGAAAAUAUGAAUGCAAAAAUUUCAGAUUUUGGAAUUGCAAGAAUGUUCACUCAACAAGAAUCUGUAUCAAAUACCAAUAGAAUUGUUGGGACAUAUGGUUACAUGUCUCCAGAAUAUGCCAUGGAAGGAGUUUUCUCUACAAAGUCUGAUGUUUACAGCUUUGGAGUGUUGCUACUUGAAAUUGUUAGUGGAAGAAGAAACAAUAGCUUUUAUGAUGAUGAUCAUCCAUCAAAUCUAAUAGGACAUGCAUGGGAGUUAUGGAAUGAUGGCUUAUGUCUACAAUUAUUGGAUGCAUCACUAAAUGAGUCAUUUGAGCAUGAUGAAGUGCAAAGAUGCAUUCAUGUUGGUUUGUUGUGCGUUGAACAAAGUGCAAAUGAUCGACCCACAAUGUCUGACAUUAUAACAAUGUUGACAAACAAGAGUGCAAUAGUUUCCUUACCUCAAAGACCAGCAUUCUAUGUCGGAGGAGAGAUCUUUGAUGAAAAAUCAUCUUCUAAAGAGUUGUGCACUACUUCUACAAUAGAAGUUACUACUUCCAUGAAAGUAGAAUCUAACUGAAUAAUUCAAAAAAAAAUCUCCAUGUUGAAUUUAUUUUGAUGUCUAAAGUGU